AUGGCUUCAGUUACCCCUGUUCCCAAGACUGGACGCUCAGUCAACCAGGACGUGCCGGCAUCGACGCUGACGCUGCAGACGCGUCCCACGCCCGUCCCCAACUUCGACGAGGGCGAGCAUCUCAUCCGCGUGCACGCCACCGCGCUGUGUGCAGGCGAGCUUUACUGGCACACCUACGUUACUUUUACCAAGGAGGAAACCGUGCCCGGACCAGACGUGGCAGGCACAGUUGUGUUGGCCCCUCCUUCCUCGCCAUUCAAGCCAGGUGAUGAUGUUUACUGCCGCAUUCCUUAUUCGCGUCCGGGAGGUGCGAGGGACCACACAAUCGCACUUACCUCCGAAUUGGCACGCAAACCAAAGAAUUUGACCUGGGAAGAAGCCGCCACCGUGCCUCUGUCCGCCCUUACCGCCUGGCAGGCACUUUUCGAUCAAUCCGGCUUGUGGGAGGGGCCAGAGGACGAGAGAGUGAAAGGGAAGAGAGUUGCUGUCACCGCGGCGUCGGGGGCAGUCGGGAUGUGGAUUUUGCAGUUUGCAAGGAUCGCUGGGUUCGAGGCUGUUAUUGGUACGUGUGGUGAUGGAAAUGAGGACUUUGUCAAGUCGAUGGGAGCCACGGACGCCGUCAACUACAAGACAACCUCAUUGACCGCGUGGGCAGCAGAGAAGCAAGGACGAAAGGCUGAUUUGGUGAUCGACUGCUUUGGAGGAAAGAGCUUGGCCGAUGCUUGGGGCUGUGUCAAGGAUGGUGGUGUGCUGAUCAGCAUGGUUGGAUAUCCGGAACAGGAGAAGCCAGCAGGGCUUGAGGUGAAGGACGUGAAGAGCCACUUUUUCAUCAUGGAGCCCAGGGGUGAUCAAUUGCAGAAGGUUACAGAGUUGGUGGAGCAAGGCAAAUGUUCUUUCUUGAUGGACAGCGUCUACCUCUUGGAGCAAUUUCAGGAGGCUACAGACAAAGUGGAAAGCCGACGUGUCAGGGGCAAAGUGGUGUUGAAGGUGCUUUAG